GGAGGGGGUAGGAAGGGAGGAAGGGAGAGAGAGAUAAUGCUGUGGGACUGAGAGAAGACAGGAUAAACAAUUCCUCUUCUCGUCUCUCUGCUUUUCUUUCUUGUUUCCUCGGCAUCCGGCCACACAUCUGAUGUCUGAGGACUUUUCUUUUUCUGUCUUUCAGUGAUUCUGGUUCCUGUGGAGUCACGAGAAAAACUUCAGCAGAAGAAGAAGAAGAGGGGUCUGUGCAGCAGGAGGGCCAUGAGCUCCUGGUUCAGCUGGAACGAGCCGUACAGCCGGACCCCCCGGCGGGACAUGGAGGAGGUGGUCAGCGACACCCUGUUGCUGGAGUUCAACUGGCAGCUGAAGGAGGCGGAGAGGCAUCAGAGGGAGCGGGACAACGAGUACCGGCGGCUGCAGAGCGGCGUGGACUACAGCUGGCUGGCCAACACGCCCCGCUGCUCCUUCAACGUCAGCCCUGGGGAGAGCUUCGGCCUGGAGGAGCUCUGCUGCAGGGUGCCCCCCCCCUACUGCGGCCUGGUCAUACUCAAGUUCAGGGAGGCCAUGCAGGCCAAUGAGCCCGACGUGCAGGAGGUGUCCGGCCUGUUUCGCUCCGUCCUCCUGGAGACUCUGGACGAACUGAAGGAGGAGCAGGAGGCGCAGCGGCUUUCCAACCAGUGGAACAACAAGCGCGCCGUGAGCAUGUCCCUCAUGAACUUCAGGUCCCGCAUCAAGAUCAACCCGUUCGGCAGCACCGUGGGCCUGACCACCUCCGUGACCGACGGGACGGGGCUGAGCGACCUGAAGACGGUGUCCGAAGACGUGGAGCGAGCGCAGAGGACGUGGAGCAUGCCUGACUUCAGACACAAAGGAGGCAGCAGCAGCAGUAAGGUCGUCUGAGGCGCUCACAGGACAGUGGUGGAGGUGGGACGCUUCAGUGGGACAGAUGUUCACUUUGGACCAAGCGAUGCAGGAUAAUUCCCACAAUGCUCCCUGUCUUUGCAGUAUGACACCAAUCACCAUUUCACCAAUUCACACAUUAAAGAGCAGGUGUUUUUCUCAGAUUCUCUGCAACUCAACUUCACUUGAAACCGUUUUAACUCAGUGUAAAAUAAUCAGCUCCUACAGUGAUGCGUUUUAUAUUUAGUAUAAAUUGAGAGCUAUUUCGUGCAGGCCUAUAUGUAUUCAAUUUCAAUGUCAUUUAAAGGCUUUCUUGUCUCAUACAUGUUUCAGGAGCUUAUUCAAAAUGUUGUUUUAUGCCACACGACACUAAAUGGCUGCAGAGGUGAAUGGUCCGUUCUGUCCGAAUGUAUGUUGCUUGAGAUUUCUGUAUGAAUUGUAUGUACAUAACAAAUGAAUGCUAAAAGUCAAUGCUCAUCAUUAACGUCAUUCAGAGGCUGAGUCAUGCUCUCCCUUUACAGACUGCUCACUGUUUUUCUUCCCCAACAGCACUCAAAGACUCGGCACAAUCAUUCAAGGUCAGCAAACUGAAAGCUUUUCUUCUGUUCUUCACCUGCAACAGGGCUUCAAAUAAAAAGACUCAAAUAAAUGAUCACUAAGUGUUACUAAAAAGUGAAAUCUUUCCAGCCGUUUAUUGCCGUUUCUUUUCUGUUUGUCACGCAUCAAAAUUCAACAGUACACAAUAGGUUUACUCCAUCUUCCAAUCAAAGCUUCCACCUGUAUUGAUACAGGAGGACUAGCAGAGGGGUCGUAGUAUUUUAUAUUUCAAUUUAAUAAAUGUCUGAAAAAUAUUCAUGACACAAUAUGGGGGUAAUGAGGAAGACAGUAAUACUAAAACAGUUACCAUCAAACCACAGAAUCAAUUCUCCAAUCAUUUUUAAACAAAAUGUACAUAUGAAAUAUCAGUGAACACUGAUAACACUUUGGCUCACACAGCCAACAUUUAUUUGGAAACAUAACGGUUUUAAUAUCUACAGAAAUUAAUAUAUGUAUGGGCAAUCCUACAUGUGGUAAUGUGGACAUGAGUCAGGAAGUUAAAACAAACCUUUUAAAAAGGGGAAGUUGAAACGUUUAUAAUCCGGGGUGCAGAGUUGAAAAGUGAGCUUACCAGACCUGUGUAGCCUACUCCUCAUCACUAGCAUAGCAUUCCCCAAUUUCCAGCCAAACUGUCGGCAGGAGAGUUGCAUUGUGGGUAAUGUAGGUGUCUAUUUAGACAAGGAAGAGAAAUGCGAGAAAUAAAAAAGACAAUAUCUCUGGUCCAUUAAGAGAGCGACCAUGUUUUCGGAAAGGUAAUGCUAAAUCGGAGGUGACCAAAGCUUGGUUACAGACACCAUUUUGGAUGACACUGCUAAACAUAAAACACUUUUCAUAUCACAAAAA